GUUAAGAAGUUGCAUGAAAUCAUCAACAGGUUCCUUUAAAAAAAAAUUGAAGGAAAUUGAUCAUGGGGAGGGAAGAAGGGAGGAUUUUAAGCUGAGCCACGUUUUCCUGCUGCAUGGGGCCACAGAAAUAUAUAUAAACGAGGCUUAAAUGUGCCGAGGUCCUGUUUGCAAGCUGCUACUCCCUGGCUAUCUGCUUGCCUUUCCAGCUUCUUAAGAGUUGUAACGCUGCCUGUACAAUGACCAAACUUCUGUAUUGCACACUGCUGUUAUUGGACAUCUCGGUCAAGUGGACAGUCCAGCAAUCUCUUCCUCCAAAGUAUCUCCAUUAUGAUCCUAUCACCUCCCGUCAGCUGAUGUGUGACCAAUGUCCUCCAGGAACCUAUGUCAAACAGCACUGUACAGCCUCAGCAAAGACAGAGUGUGCUCAUUGUCCAGAUCAAUCUUAUGCAGAUGAAUGGAACAAUAAUGAACGAUGUCACUACUGCAAUGUGAUAUGCAAGGAACUGCAAUAUGAAAAGAUCAAAUGUACCAGCACCGGAAACCGUGUGUGUGAGUGUGUAGAAGGACGGUACCUCAACAUUGAAUUCUGUUUGAGGCACACAGCAUGUCCUCCCGGAUUUGGCGUUGUUCAAAAAGGUACCCCUGAAAGCGACACUGUUUGCGAGAGAUGUCCAGAAGGAUAUUUCUCUAAAGAAACAUCAUCCAAAGCUGCUUGUAAAAUGCACACUAACUGCAGCGCCCUGAGUCUCAGAUUGGUGCAGAAGGGAGACUCCACACAUGACAAUGUGUGCCAGGGAGCGGACAAUGAUGAACUGGAUCAGCAAUGUGGAAUUGAUGUCACCUUGUGUGAAGAAGCAUUCUUCAGGUCCAUCGUGCCCAGAAAACUAUCUUCCACCUGGCUGAAUACCCUCAUGGAUAGUCUGCCUGGCGAGAAGAUCAAUCUUGAAAACAGAGAAAGAAUUAAACAGAAGAGUAGCCUGCAAGAUCAGACCUUUCAGCUACUGAAGUUAUGGAAAGAGCAAAAUAAGGACCACAGUACAGUCAAGAAUAUUGUCCAAGGAAUCAGUCUUUGUGAAAACAGUGUUUUAAAGCACAUUGACCACCUCAACAUCACCCUUGAGCAUCUCAAUAUCCUGAUGGAAAAUUUGCCAGGGAAAAAUGUGGGCAGAGAAGAAACGGAACAGAUUUUUAGGAUGUGCAAAUCCACAGAGCCAAUUCUGAAGCUCUUGAAUUUGUGGAGGAUAAAAAAUAAAGACCAAGACACCAUCAAGAGCUUGAUGUUUGGACUGAAGCAUCUGAAAUCAUACCGUUUCCCCAAAACGACCAUUCAAGGUUUUCGGAAAGUGGUGAAAUUCCUCCACAGCCUCACAAUGCAUAAAUUGUACCAGAACCUUUUCUUAGAAAUGGUGGGAAACCAAGUCCAUUUGGUAAAAAUGAGACGUGGGUAGUUUUAAGUUCUCUGAUCUUUCAUUUGCCACUUGCUGCUAGCAAUAAUUAAAUGGGGGAGGGGAAUGUUUUCCUAUAAGAUAAUGCUUAUUUAUAUUUAUAUGACUGACUGGGAUAGCUUAGACUAUCUUAGAACUUUUGUUGUUGUUUUGUAAUAUUAAAAUGCUUACCUGGACUCCGACUCCAUCCAAGAAUUCCAGUGAAUUCCAUGGACAUAGAGAGAAAUAAUAGCAAAAAAAAAAAUUUGCUAUUUAUAUUAAUUUGAAAUCUAAAUUGUGGCAUGUAUUUAUUAACUUCAUUGGUAACUAUUGGAGAUUAAGUGCUGAAGCAGAUGACCACUUGUUAUAGAAUCAUAGAACUGGAAGAUACCUUAGAGGUCGUCUAGUCCAACCCCCUGCCCAAGGCAGGAGUCCUUAUACCAUCCCGGACAAACAAUUUCAUUGUUUAAACAUUUAUGUUCCACUGUGUAUUAAUGGCCCUAAAACUUUAUUUCCCAGCCCUUCCGAGUCUUUAGUGUGGUGUCAUUGAAACAUUCAAUAUCAAAAUCAAUAAUUUUUCUCCUCAAUUUCAGGCCAAGAAAAAUAAUGCUCGCCAUGCAUUCGGAUGUGCUUUAUGCAUCUUAAAUGCAAAAUCCUUCCUCCCCUUAUCCCUACUUGUAUGACAUCAUGGUGUUAUCUUAGUGGCUGUUGUUGUCCUUGGCUAUGGAUUAUAAGAGGGGUGAGUCUUGGCUAGAAAAAAAAUACUAGGCUCCCACAAAUGCAAAUCCACCAUAGAGGAAAAGCAUAGUUCCAUUUGCAUAAAGAGGCCAGUAGCGAUUCAUCUUCUACUAUCAGAAUAUUAUUUCUCAAACCUAUCAGCCUUAAUGAUGCAUGGAAGGGCUGAAAAAUUCUAGGAGUUGGAGUCCAUGCAAUUUAAAGUCGACAAGUUCUAGUGUUUUUCAAACAUGGCAACCUUAAGAUGUAUGGACUUCAACUCCCAUAAUUCCCCAGCCCACCCAUACAUCUUAAAGCUCACAAGUUUGAGAAACACCAUUCUACUCAUUUCUCCACUAUGUUUCAAGCUACUCCUUAUUUA